AUGGUGAGAACGUGCUGUGCAAUUGGGUGCGAUGGAGUGGCUACCCAUCGUUUUCCAAUCGACCCUAAAAGACGUGCACUGUGGGAAGCAGCGUUGAAUCGUGAUGGAGGCGGAUAUGUUGUGAAGAAAGUUCUUUCCCUGUGUGGAGCUCACUUCCAACCUGAAGAUUUUAUUUCUGAAUCUUUUACUACUGGUCUUGCGCUUACUCGCAAAUUUCUCAAGAAAACAGCAGUUCCAUCUAUAUUUAGAAGAACCGUGGCAUCAGUAGUUAAACCCAUGACUAAAUCUGUACUGGAAAUGCCAAAGCAUGUCUUGGAAGCAACAAAAAAUGGAAACAGUAAUUCACAAAUGCAGGUUACAAACAAUCGGAAGAAGCUGUUAACUCACGUAACUGUAGGAACUCAGAAAGACUUUCGUUUCUUUGCUAUUGAAAACUUCAGGGGGAAUCCUGAAGCAGUUUUUUUUUACACUGGACUAGGAUCUUAUGCCAAAUUUAAAACAAUAUUUCAUAGCCUUUGCCCCCCAUCAGAUUUAAUUCAGUAUUAUCCUAAUGAAGUUUUGGAUUUUUCGAUACCAAUAGAAGAUCAGCUCUUUCUAGCAAUCAUUAAAUUGAAGAGAAAUAAGGAAAAUUACGAACUUGGGUUACUGUUUGGAAUAGAUGCAUUAGAUGUUCAGAAACUAUUUGUCGUAUGGGUAAAUUUCAUGCAUCGAGUUUGGAGCAAAUGCAUUGAAUGGCCAAAAAUUACAUUGGUAGACUUUUAUCUCAAGAAAUUAUACACUUCCCCUAGAGUUAUUGUCAAUGUGCCUCUUGAUAAAAGAAACCAAGUUUCACCAGAGAAGAAAAGUACAAGUAGAUGCACCAAGAUUUCUGAGCAAAAUCAAGGCAAUUCCUCCAGCCCACAAAAUAUUAGUCAUAACCAAAGAGUAAGUGUCCAAACCUUGCUAUCAAGUAAAAUUGUUGCAAACAACAUUUCUUCUCUGUUUACCACUCAUAGAAAGCGCAAUAAUAUCACAGUGCUUCAAGAUGGCAAGCAAGAUUCCAAUGCUGUUCAUAUGGAGACACUAUGA